GCUCCUACUGCGAGCAAGUGGACAUGACUUUCGGAGCCGGAAGGCAGCGGCUGUGUAAUACUUAGUUAACUGUGGCGUGAAGGUUGAGUAGGUGGAUCUUGUGGUCAACGCUUGUAAUCUGCGCAUGCAGUAGACUUUCCAAACGCAUUACUAGAAGGCUGCACUGCAACAAUGCCAGAGAUGCCACUGGUCAAGGACGUUCGCCGCAGCUCUGAAUGUAGAACACCUCCCCUGAGGCAGUUCAACCAGCCGUCGCUGCCGCUCCACAGAAGUCCCUACACACUCAGGACAUUUUGCACAGAGCAUAACGUGCAAGAAUGUCUGUCACACAUCAAUCAGGAGGUGUCAUCACUGGGCCUCCCACCGGUUUGGUCAGAGCUGGACAGCAGCUCAGAGCUGAAUAACGUGUCUGCGUUGAAYUGCAUGUAUGACCUGAUUCAGCUGCACCACCGGAGCCUCAGAAYGUUAGAAAACAUGGAAGUGGAGCAGCUUAAGCUGAGCAGCAAUGUGGAUUUCUUGAAGCACACAACAAGUCAUCUAAAAGAGCAGCUUGAACUUUCUAAAAGAGAAAACGUGGGACUUCAUGAGAGAGAACGACAGCUUCAACUGAAAGUCAAAAGUUUGCAGAACUACUUGAAAAAUGAAAAAGAAGAGGUGCAAAAACUGCAGAACAUUAUUUCAAGCCGUGCCAGUCAGUACAAUCACGACAUGAAAAGAAGGGAAAGAGAGUUUAACAAACUAAAGGAGAGAUUAAAUCAACUUCUGGCUGACAAAAAGGAGCGAAAACAAGCUAUUGAUGUUUUAAACAACAUGGGGAGAGCUGAUGGCAAAAGGAGUCUGUGGAAAACCGAUAAGACAAAGGCAAGACAUGAAGGGGAGAUGUACAAAACUCUUCUGAGCGACUAUGACUUUAGACAAAGGGAGCUUGUGUUGGAAAAUGYGGAGCUAAAAAUGGUGUUGCAUCAGAUGAAAAAAGAAAUUGCAGCCAUACUGAAAUCAAGAAAAUUGUCUCUGAAAGGAGAGAAACCAGAAGCUGGGGACACACAGGUGAGGCAGGAGGAAGAGGAAGAAAUAUUUGAUUCCAGCCAGGAGAGUGUAGAGAUGAACUGUGUUCACGCUCGGGAGAAACUGGCCAACAGUAUUCGCCUUCAGUGGAGAAAACUAAAAAGCCACGUCGAAAGACUGGACAGCCAAGUGUCUUUGACUCAGAUGGGUAAAAGUACAAACAGUGAUGACGUUCCUCAAGAGACUCAUGAGGAGGAGAUAGAAAGAWUGAAGCUGGAAAUCCAACAGUGCAAAGACCUUAUUCAAACACAACAGCNCUUUUURCAGCAGCAACUGAGCUCUUCAGAUGAAGAUGCUGCAUCGCUGCUGAAUGAUGGCUGCAAGCUGCAGGAGAAUGAGCGCCUCAGGGAUGAGUGGAAGACCCUGGAGAAACAGAGGAAGAUCUUUGAGAGGGAGAGGAAGAACUUCACUGAAGCAGCUAUUAGACUUAGCCAUGAGAGGAAGCUCUUUGAAGAGGACCGGGCAACAUGGCUCAAACACCAGUUUCUAACAGCUGAAACAAAAGUUGRCUCACUUUUGGCUCCAGAAAAGCUCAUCGACUGUCACUCAGCUUCUUCUACACCCAACCUUUCUCACAUGUCGCCUCCCAUGGCUGACUUACAGCACACAAUUAGCCUCAUUCCUGAAGACAGAUCUACAAAACCUAAGAGACAACYUGAAGAAACAGUCAUUGUUUGUGGAAAUGAUCAUCUCCAGGACAAACAGUGGACCGACAGUGAAAAUCUCAGCAGCUCUUCACUCACACAGGAGAAGAACUGCACUAUAUGAAGACAGAAAGUUAUUUAUAUACUGUCUGUGAUUAUGUAUGAAUUUAGAAAUAGAUGUGACUGAUGAAUAAAACUUCACAGAUUGUAAAAUAACUUGUUGUAACCAAAUGUAAUUUGGUUAGCUGGUUGUAUUUUGUGCUGGAGCAAAAUUAGAAAUAAUUGCAUUCUUUUUUUAGUAUUUCUUUUAGAGAAAGUGGUAAAUUUAUCAUUAUGGUUCUGUAAACUUAUAUUUCAGUAAGCAUUUAUGUGGAAUAACUACCUGAUUUUUUUUCAGUGAAAAAAUGUGCAACAAGUGAUCCCGUUUUAUUUACCCGGUACUUACUGAAUAAUAUUGGUAAAUGUUGAUGUUAMUAUAUCAUAUAAAACUUUUGAAGUCACUGUUUUAGAUUAAUGCAUCUGUUUCUAUGAGAGCAAUGAGAAACUUAAACAAAAAAAUAAAAAUAUUGUAUGAAUCUUCAGAUUUCAUAUCAGAUUACUAGAGUCUGAUUUGCAGUGUUCCUUUUUAGCUAUUUUUGCAGUUUCUGUGUAAAAGGCUGUAAAACAAAUAYGAUGCAUUGGACUUUAAAAUAUAACUGAACUACAUAAGUGUUAGAAUAACUGAAUUAAUUUAUUUUGUAUUGACUGAUUGUAAGUUGUUCCUCUACAAUGUGAAAUGACACAUUAACGUUUAUUUUCUCAAAUAAUAUAUUUUACAUUUAUAAACUCAAGAAGCUUCCUAAUUUUUGUCMUUUUAAAUUUGUUUUAUGAGCUAGUUUCUAUUUUUUUCACCUACACAGUCAGUCCAUGGACGUUCCAAUGUGCCAUGUGACUGCAAUAUAAAGAUGCUGUGAUGAGGUGAAGUUCGGUAGGAGUAUUAAUACACAGGUAAGGACYUCUACACUCUGUCAAAAUAAAACUGUACUUGUACAUUUUUAAACUCCACUGUGUAGCAACAACCAUUAAAUAUUGGAACAUUU